AUGAGCUUUUGUUAUGACAUGGUACUUGUCUAUGGUUGCGUACGUGGAUGGCAAAGACCUGAAUUCAUUCAAAGGAUCAAGAGAUUCAUUCCAAGAGACUUGGUUCAUACCAAGCUUGGUAUUGCUUUUAAUGAUGAUUUUGAUUUUGAAAAACAGAGAAAGAAAUGGAGACCAAUAAAAUUUGAUGACGAUGAAAUUUAUGAGGAGCUCUUGGAGAAGGGGCAACAGAAUCAUCUAUUAGAACUAUUGAACAUUGAUUCAAAGAAAUUCAUGUUCGUCUACGACGCCGGUGAUAAGGAACUCCAUUUAAUCCUUAGAAGGAUUCACAUUGAAAUGUGGAAGAAAAUUAAUUUUGAUUUUAAGGAUGGAAAUGUUUUGUACAAUGAGUUUGCUGACGAUGACGGAAAAUCAUUUUACCGUUCGGUGGAUGCACCAACUCUUGAAGAAAUUGAACUGCUUCGAAAAUACUCUGAGAAACUGGGUAAAGAGAGUAUUUCUUCUUACAUGUGUCUUCGUUACGAAAAUUAA